AUGAUUUCAAAUCCAAGUCUAUUGUCCUACACUUGCAUCGCGAAAGGAACCGUCGUCCUCGCCGAGUUCGUCUCCAAGUCAGAGCCAGGAAUCGAAGACGUAGCUCUGCGAUGCAUCGAGAACGCGCCUCCUCACCAUUCAAUGUUCUCUCACACAGUUCGGAAGAAGACGUACACGUUCGCAAUCGACGACGAUUCGUUCGUGUAUUUCGCGAUCCAAGACGAAACCAUGGAUAAACCGGAAUCUUUGUGGCUAUUGAGCCGGUUGAGAUCAGCCGUCGAAGAUCUGAUCAAAUCCGGUGGAUCGGUGGUUGCGGAGGCGUUGACGAAUCCCGCUCCGCAUUGUCUGCAAUCAACGCUCGAUCCGGUUUUCGCGGAUUUGAUCGGUGUCGUUGACGUGGAUUUGGAACUGGACAUGGAUUUGGUUGGAUCGCCGAGGAGCGUGGCGAGGGAGAGUCGGAAUCCGAGCAUUGACUCGUCGAAAGGGAGGAGAGCCUCGUUGAUGCCGCUUUUGGGGAAGGCGUUGAAGAAGAACAAGAAGAAAGCACAAGGGGAAGAAGAUUCUGCUGCGAUGAAGGAGAUAUCAGAGAAGAACGUUGAUUUGUGUGGGAAUGGGAGCAAUGGAGUGUUACGCAAGGAACUGAGGAAUCGUUUGUUGACGGAUCAUCAUCACAGGCAAAAGGCGAAGCAGAUAUGGAAGAAACAUGUGUGGAUGGUGCUGAUGUUCGAUUUCUGCAUCUGUGCUGUUCUUUUCGGAAUCUGGCUUUGGGUUUGUGACGGGUUUCAAUGCAUCGAUCGGUAA